AUGACUGGUGGCCCCGGGGCUGUGGUGACGCUGUGCUGCUGCAGGGGGGAUGCCGUGGUGAUCUCGGGGAGGAAGCUGGCCCGGCAGAUCCGGCAGGAAGCGCGGCACGAGGUGGAGCAGUGGGUGGCUGCGGGCAACAGGAGGCCCCACCUGAGCGUGGUGCUGGUGGGGGAGAACCCUGCCAGCCACUCCUACGUCCUCAACAAAACUAAAGCAGCGGCUGAUGUGGGGAUCAGCAGCGAGACCAUCCUCAGGCCGGCCUCCAUCAGCGAGGAGGAGCUGCUGGAGCUCCUGGGCAAACUCAACAGCGAUGCAGCCGUGGACGGGCUGCUGGUGCAGCUUCCCCUGCCUGAUCACAUCGACGAGCGCCGGGUGUGCAACGCCGUGAGCCCCCACAAGGACGUGGACGGGUUCCACGUGCUCAACGUGGGCCGCAUGUGCCUGGACCAGGACUCCAUGCUGCCAGCCACGCCCUGGGGUGUCUGGGAGAUCAUCCAGAGGACAGGGAUCCCCACGCUGGGCAGGAACGUGGUGGUGGCGGGCAGGUCCAAGAACGUGGGGAUGCCGAUCGCGAUGCUGCUCCACACCGACGGCAACCACGAGCGCCCCGGAGGCGACGCCACGGUGACGAUCUCGCACCGCUACACGCCUAAGGAGCAGCUGAAGCAGCACACGAUCCGUGCUGAUAUCGUGGUGGCAGCUGCAGGCAUCCCCAACCUGAUCACGGCCGACAUGAUCAAGGAGGGGGCGGCUGUGAUCGACGUGGGUAUCACCAGGGUGCAGGAUCCUGUCACGGCCAAGCCCCGCCUGGUGGGGGACGUGGAUUUUGAAGGGGUGAGGAAGAAGGCGAGUUACAUCACGCCAGUGCCGGGCGGUGUGGGGCCCAUGACGGUGGCCAUGCUGAUGAAGAACACCAUCAUCGCUGCCAAGCAGCUGCUGAAACCCAAACAGCUCGAGGCUCUGCCGGCCUAGGCGGGGGGCCCCGGAGCCGGGCCUAGCCAGGGGGCC